AUGUCCUGUGCCGAUGGACAUCCCCCAGCCACGACCUCGGAUAUUACCGAAUCAGACCAUACCUACAAUGGAACACAAGUAAGCCCCCAAACUAAGCGACGUAAGGGAGACGGUGAUGAUGAGGAGAUAUCAGUGAACGACCACCCCGAAAAAAUGGAAGAGACGGAAGCCGGAGAGGACUCUGAGUUCACCUUAGUGCAACAUCGUCGACAGAGGACGACAGGGGUUCCAGUCCUUCUAACGCCCGUGCAGGAGGAUAAGCGGUUGCAGCAACAAAACCCGCUGAAAUUGUCUGCUGAAGUAGAGACACUGGCUGGCGCGCCCAUCGUGAGACAUCGUUUCACAGCGAGGGGAGGUCUUUUACUUGAUGUCUCGGAAGUACCGACUGUGCAUCGACUUCUCAAAGUGCACUCCCUUUGUGGGAUCCCGGUACAAGCAACCAUACCCAAAGCGUACCUACAAAACUUGGGUCUAAUCAAAGGGGUACCAAAGUGGUACACUAAUAAUGACCUUAACGAAUUUCUGGGACCAGCCGGUGUGAUCGCCGCUCGUCGGCUCUACCAGCGACGCGAAAAUGCAACAGAUGUUGCCCAACCAACCGACCGAGUGGUUCUAACGUUCCGUCCAAACACCGAGCGACCGGACAAGAUCAACCUCGGCUUCACACGGCACGAGGUAACCGAGCACAUUGAAGCACCUCCAAGGUGUUUCAACUGCCAGGCCCUCGGCCACAUUGCAAAGUACUGCAAGGGGAAAACAAAAUGCAAAAGAUGUGGAGAACCACACUCGUCCAAAGAAUGCCCUGGCACACUUCCCACCAAAUGUGCGAACUGUCUCGGUGACCAUCCAGCCUCUUAUGCAAAUUGCAAGGUACGCCUGGCAGCACUUACAAGGAAAAAAUCUUUCAUUUACGGACCAAAGCUUGUUGAAACACAACGUGAACUACCUGUAGCACAAGAAGAAUAUCCUGCGCUCCAAAAAGAAGCAACGCACGCAGAUCGUUCCCAUGCGCAAGCAGGACGAAAAAUUCAACCUAAGAAAGACUCGCCAAAAAGAGCUGCAUCGAGGUCAAUGAAUAUCUCUUCUAAACGUUCUCCAACCACUGAUAAAGAAAACUCAGGAAAGUCAGAUGCGAAGAAGGACCAACAGGAAAUGACCCAGACUAGACCAAAUAGAAACCUUGCAUACAGUGAUGUACUCUCUGGUCGACGUGUGUCUGAGGAGCCAGCGCAAGAAUCAGCCACAUCCGCCGAUAGCUUAAUAGGCUUCAUCUUCUCUGCACUGCGGAGUGCCAUUGCACAAAUGCCACCAAGCACAUUGAAGACAAUUUUACAAGGAAUGAUGCUCUUUGAGACAGCUAUCGUCGGAAUCGUGAAAAAUUCUCAACACAGCGAUGCCUGAGAGCAACGCUGCAGGAUCCCCUGUGC